AUGAACCAAGCUACUACCUCUACUUCAUUAUUAUCACCAUUCAAUGGCAAAACGAUUGUCCUCGAACUUGGUCAUGAAAUAGGUUUCAAAGCUAAACAAGAAUUGAUCAACUAUUUACGAGAACAGCAAGCACAUAUUUCAUAUAUUUUGACAGCUAGUACUGAUUAUGUUUUGGCUACGAGUAAUGUAGAUAGCUACAAGAUACGUCGUGCCAAACAGCUUGGCUUACCAGUGGUCAAUAUUCAAUAUGUAUACGAAUGUCGUUCUUUGCCACCUGGUCAAACACCAAUUGAUAUUAGGAAAUUUAUUAUCAAGUCAGCUGAAGAUCAAGAACAUUUUAUAAAAACCGGCACUAUUUCGAUGGGAGGUAUUACCAGUUGUUUUAAAAAUCAUGUCAGAUAUCCUUGUUUAUUAGAAUCUCGAGCAAAUGUAACUAAAAUCAAUAAAUUCGAUUUGACAAAAAUCAAACUAUGGAAUUCGGACGAUCCCGAUUUGCCUCGUUUCGAUGAGUUGACACAUUGUGAGAUUGGCAAAUGGGCCAUUUUCAAAGAAACCAAUGAUAAUUCAAGUGUAUUUUUUGUUCUUGAACUUCAAGUUAUUCCCGAACAGUACUACGAUCGAGCAACGAGUAAUUAUCGACUACGAUUUCGAUAUGAAAAACAGAUUAUUAUUGGCGAAGAACUACAACACGAUAAAAAAGUAUUGAUACAAUACGCAUUCACUGAUGAUCCAAACGAACAACAACGACUGUUUGCAUCGUACUAUUAUCGAAUGGCUACAAUGCCACGUGUAACACGAAUUCGUGAGAUGUUACCUAAUGAAUUAGGAUCAAAACUAUUGUUACGUUCUUUAUUUAUUCAUCGUAUCGAUACACAGAUACUUGAUGAGAAUGUAUGUCAAUUAAUUGAAUCAAUUUGGUUAGAAUCAAUUGGUGAUUUGAAUAAUAUUUUGAGCAUAUCACUCGAAUCGAUCACUCUCAAAACGAUCAUUGAAGCCGAAGCUGCACUGCUUGAACUCAAAUCGACCAACAAUCCUGCUGCUGCACUUCGUUUCUAUUCACUUAUACCACAUCGACCACAGUAUAACAUUGAUCUCAUCAAGAAUCGUCGAGCGUUGACUGAAAAAAUAGACUUAUGUCAAAUGCUUCGAGAUAUGCUUACAGUCAACGAACUAACCAAUUGGAAUGUUAAAGCACCAAUCGAAGCUAAAUAUCGAGCAUUAAAAUGUCAUAUUGAAACGGUGGCUAGUUCAACACCCGACUUUAAAAAUAUUGCUAACCUCAUUCAAUCAUCGACAGAUAGGUGA